AAACUUUAAGCAAAGCCAAAGAACGGUUUAAGAUAAAAACAAAAAACAACUUAAGAUAAAAUACUAUUUUUUUUGCGAUCGUAGUUGAUCUAAAAACCCAAAACAGAAGAGGAAAAGGAGAAGGAAACGGAAAGACACUUCAGAAAGAGUCAAAGAAAAGAACUGUGCGAUCAGACAAACAACUUCACGGGACUUGUGCAAAGCGCAGUCAGAGCUGUCUCUUUAUAAAUAAAAUUCUAAAAAAUAAUACUAAAAGAAGGAAAGAACAAAAAUACCAAGAAAUAAGUACAUAUAUUCUAUAAGUGUAACCAAACAAGCAGUGAGAUUAAAUUCUAAGCACAAACCAAACGAAUACCGAGUGCAGCCACAAAGGAAACUUUAACAGUCACUGUUAACACUAACAGCAACAGUUAACAGAGCCGAAUAACUGCUAACAGCAAUACCGACUGUUAACAGAGAACCGAACCACUAACUGUAGAGACAACUGUUAAUAGUUAACAGACAGCAACUGUUAACGGUUAACAGUACCAGCAGUAGAGGCAGCAUCAUUAGCACCAACAUCAACAUUAACACUAACGGCAACAGCAACAGCAACAGUAACGAAAACAUGACCAACGCCAUGGAUAUUGUUAAAAACGGCAGCACCAACGGCUCCGUCGACGGCAGCAAUGAUGAGUCGCGUACCAAUUUGAUUGUCAACUAUCUGCCACAAACCAUGACGCAAGAGGAGAUGCGUUCGCUCUUCUCAAGCAUUGGUGAGUUGGAGAGUUGCAAACUGGUGCGUGAUAAAGUCUCAGGUAAUUUGGUCUUGCCAGCAUCAUUGACCGCACUCAAUCCGGCUCUGCAGCAAGGCCAGAGUUUGGGCUAUGGAUUUGUUAACUAUGUGCGUGCCGAAGAUGCUGAGAAAGCAGUGAACACCCUGAAUGGGCUGCGAUUGCAGAAUAAGGUUAUUAAAGUAUCAUACGCCCGUCCAAGUUCAGAAUCAAUAAAGGGUGCUAAUUUAUAUGUAUCGGGUCUUCCCAAAAAUCUAUCACAACCAGACUUGGAGGGGAUGUUUGCGUCGUUUGGCAAAAUAAUUACAUCUCGUAUACUCUGUGAUAAUAUUUCUGGUCUAUCGAAGGGUGUCGGCUUUAUACGCUUCGAUCAACGCAACGAAGCCGAACGCGCCAUACAGGAGCUUAACGGUAAAACCCCGAAGGGCUAUGCCGAACCGAUUACCGUUAAGUUCGCCAACAAUCCAAGCAAUAGCGCCAAGGCCCAAAUAGCCCCGCCCCUAACCGCCUACUUGACACCGCAAGCGGCAGCGGCAACCCGUCGCCUAGCCGGUGCCCUACCAUCAGCCGGACGUAUCAGAUACUCGCCGCUGGCUGGGGAUCUAUUGGCCAAUUCAAUAUUGCCGGGCAAUGCAAUGACCGGAUCUGGUUGGUGUAUAUUCGUCUAUAAUCUGGCACCCGAAACCGAGGAGAACGUCCUGUGGCAGCUGUUUGGACCCUUCGGUGCCGUGCAGUCGGUGAAGGUCAUACGCGACUUGCAGACUAGCAAGUGCAAGGGAUUCGGCUUCGUUACCAUGACCAACUACGAUGAGGCUGUGGUGGCCAUACAAUCGCUAAACGGCUAUACACUGGGCAAUCGGGUGCUACAGGUUAGCUUUAAGACUAACAAAACCAAAACCACUUAAGGUCAACAUCUAAGCGAGAUCAACAAACUGAAUGUAACUUUUGUUUAUCAUUUAACUAUGAUUUGAGCUUCUCUCAUUCCCUCUAUGAAGAAUCUUUUUGGAUGUUUGAGCAUCAUAAAUAGUAUUGUAAAAUGUUUGGGAGUUAUGUAACUAUGGCGAGUUGUAGUCAUAAUUGAAAUACACACACAAACACACGAAAGCACACACGUACACACAUACACACAUACACACACACACAUUGACUAUAUUAUAUAUAUUUUGU